UCUAGUGCGCAUGCGCACAUGGUUGACGUGCGCUGAUCGCUGAAGAAAAUGAUCGGCCGGCGCCAUGCGCUUCCAUCACACUCAAAGCUCGCGCUGAGACUUCACAAGUGUCAACACAUAGAUGUCUCGGGAAUGUGAGAGCGUCACGUUGCCCUCCGUCAACUGGAAUGAAAACGGCAGCGGAGGCCCAGGGGCAGCGUUUCUUUCAAUUUCGCUAGUGGAUACUUGUGGCGAAAUUGCAGGCUGAUACUGUAACACAGCGCUGAAACAUGGAGGGAAACUCAAGGGAAAGCGAGCGUCUGGAGCGAGAGCGCCAGUACUGCGAGCUGUGUGGGGAAAUGGAGAACCUCAUGAAGUGCGGACGGUGUCGCAGCUCGUUCUACUGCAGCAAAGAGCACCAGAGACAGGACUGGAAGAAGCACAAGCGGGUGUGCAAGGAGGCCGACAAGCAGCAGCAGCAGACGCCACCGGCUGAAGAGCGCAGCCCCGUACAGUACAACACUUCAGAACCGUCCAAUACUUCUCAGAGUAAUAACUCUACCGUUACGUCACCCGGCGAAAGAAUGUCAGAUUUUAUCAAGUCCGCCACGCACUCUGAAACCAAACCGAGCGCAGACAGUGUGAAACCCAACGGACAGACGCGCUCGCCUCCUCAGAAACUGGCCACGGACUAUAUCGUGCCCUGCAUGAACAAGCACGGCAUCUGUGUCAUCGACGACUUCUUAGGCGAGGAGUUUGGACGGAGUAUUCUGGAGGACGUGCGGGCGCUUUACCUGACUGGCGGCUUUACCGACGGACAGCUGGUCAGUCAGAGGAGCGACUCGUCUAAGGACAUUCGGGGGGAUAAGAUCACCUGGGUGGAGGGGAAGGAGCCCGGCUGUGAGAGAAUAGCGUUUCUCAUGAGCCGCAUGGAUGAUGUGAUGCGACACUGUAACGGUAAACUGGGCAAUUACAGGAUCAAUGGAAGAACGAAAGCAAUGGUGGCAUGUUACCCUGGCAAUGGCACAGGAUAUGUACGGCAUGUGGAUAACCCAAACGGUGAUGGGAGAUGUAUCACGUGCAUAUAUUACCUGAAUAAAGACUGGGAUGCCAAGGAACAUGGUGGCCUUUUGCGGAUCUUUCCAGAGGGAACUGCUCAGUUUGCAGACAUUGAGCCCAAGUUUGACAGACUUUUGCUCUUCUGGUCAGACAGACGGAACCCACAUGAGGUCCAGCCAGCUUAUGCCACGAGGUAUGCUAUAACGGUGUGGUAUUUUGACGCUGAUGAGCGAGCUCGUGCCAAAGAGAAAUAUCUAACAGGUGCAGGUGAAAGAGGUAUAAAAGUGGAGCUAAACAAGCCGUCGUAGCCCAGCUAGUGAAGGAGGGAUGAAUGAAGUGGAGUGUGGGGUUGGACCUCCAGAGUGCUACUGCCUGCUGCUGAGAGAUGAUGUGCAGAGAGGAAGUGACUUCUUCUCUCGCUCACCUCUCCAUCUGUCAUCUAUAAGGGGCUUCUCAUAGUGACUCUGAAUGUGAUAGAGCUGUGAAGACAGACGUGCAUUAAUAUGCUUUGUGUUUUCUUUAUGAAGAAUGCUGGCUUGAGCAUGAGCAUAGGAUGGACAUAAUGCUAAAUAGAGAGUGUGUGUGUG